CUGAGGACGGCCCACGAGCAUCCUAAGCGGACCCCCGAGGCGGCCUGAGGAGGCCAAAAACAUUGAUUGUCCUCACCGCAGGCAUUUGGGCUCAGGCAGUUUGGGUCUCGAGGGGUGCGUUGAAGGCGCAUCCACGCUCGCAGCGCCCAAGCGGGGCGGGGUCCUGCCCUCCAAAAAAGGCGGGCGGCGAGCGCAGCGAGAUGGCCAGGGGUGGGCGGCCGGGUGGUGCCUCCCCCGCGGGUGUCCUGCCGGAGGACGCCGCUGACGGGGGAGGCGGCGCCUGCGCCCGGGACCGGGCGCCCGUCGACCGGGCGGUGGUGGAGGACGGCCUGCGAGUUCUCAACACGUUCUUGCACGUGCCAGUCGUGGGUCCGGACACACGUGUGCGCUCCAGUUCGGCUCCCGCGACAGCGACGGAGCGAUGCUCCGCGCCCGCGGAGGCGUCCGGGCCCGUCUCGACGACAUCGCGUGUCGCUGAGGGAGCCACCUCUGACUUGGGCCCGACGUGGGGGUCUAUCCUGCAUUCGACGGGCAGGUGCCGCCCUUGCCUGUUCGCGGAGCGCGGCUGCAGAAACAGGGAAUUCUGCAAAUUUUGUCACAUUUGCACCUCGGCAGGGAGGACGCGGGCCGCCGACAACAAGGCGAAGCAGAAGCACUUCUCGUGGCGCAGCCUCCGCAAAGCCACCGCCCUGGCGAGGGCGAGCGCGAGCGCUGGCGCGCGGUGACUUGGCUCCUGCGGCCGCCUGGGCUUUUACAGUCUGAUUCACCGCUCGGUCCUCGCCUGCUCGCUGCCUCUUCUUCUCUGAACGCAGUUGUGUGUCCCACGGUUUUCCCCUGCGCCGCAGCACGGUGCUGUUCCUAAACACAUGCUGCACAAUUGCAGAGUAUUGGUUCACACUGUAUGACAUUUGCUGCACUUGAGACUGAGCCCCAGCCAUCAGGGUUCGACGCCAUUCUUGCCUCAGCGAUUGGAAAUACAUUGCCACCACUGGGGCUCAGUCGCGAGAGGCGCGCACGGCCGUGCUCAGGACAGUCCUUGCUGCACAGCCCUCGCAGUCCAUGCAAUAUGUGGCACCCCGCAGUUAAGGAUGAGAGUGAGGGGCGAGCGCGGGGUGGGUCGCGG